AUGCAUCAAUAACAGGAUGAAUAAAAAAGGUCUCUUGUUUAGGAGAAGAUGUAGAUGAAAUAAUAAGGAAUAGACAAUGGAAAUGCGAGAAAAAUAAAUGAUGAAGAUAUCUAGAAGAUUUAGGCUUAUGAAUAAAUGCAGAUAGAAAAUGCCAUGAAGAACUCAACAUGGAGUACUUUGAUGUUGUUAAAAAGUAAAGAGAUUGUUAAAUCGAAGUAAAAACACAACAUUUAUAUUUCAAAGGUGGAGACCUAAAAAGAAAUAAAGGUUGUGGGAUUAAUAUAAGAUUGAUAAAAUUUUGAAGAAAUAUUCCAUCAUGAUAGAAGGCAACGAUCCUCCACCUCCAAUUAAAUCGUUCUAAGAUUUAAGAGUCGAUCAUAGAAUUUUGAAAAUACUAAGUAAGAUGAAAAUUAAAAAGCCUACUCCAAUUCAAAUGCAAGGAUUGCCUGCAGUGUAAUCUAUUAAUUAAUGAUUAAGUUUAAUGGGAAGAGACAUAAUAGGAGUAGCACCAAGUGGUCAAGGCAAGACCUUAGUGUUUUUAUUACCUGCAUUACUUUAAUGUGUAGAAGAGUAGAUGAAAAUGCCCAUAAUUAGAGGUGAAGGACCCUUUGCUUUGAUAUUACUACCUUCCCAUGAAUUGGCAAUUCUAACCUAUGAAUUAGCAAAAUAAUAUUGUCAGAAAUUCGAGAAAAAGGUAAUUUGCUUAGCUAUAAUAUUCUAAGGGAUUCCCAGCAAUACAUUGUUUAUUGGGUAUUGGAGGAAUGGAUAUGUCAUCAUAAUUGUAAUCAAUAAAAAAUGGAGUUCACAUUGUAAUUGGAACUCCUGGAAGAAUUAGUGACAUGGUUAAUAAAAAAAAGAUUAAUAUGGAUUUGUGUAGAUUUAUAGUACUUGAUGAAGCUGAUAGGAUGUUGGAUUAAGUGUUUGAAUUAGAAAUAAGAAACAUUUUAGAACAUUUCACAGUAUGAUUAAUUAAUUGAUACCUAAGUUUAGGGUCCUAGAUAAACCAUGUUAUUCAGUGCUACUCUUCCAAAGAAGAUAUAAGAAUUCACAAAACAAACAUUAGUCGAUCCGUUGGUGAUAAAUGUGGGUAGAAGUGGUUAAAUUAAUUUGAAUGUGAUCUAAGAAAUACUGUAUGUUAAACAAGAAGAAAAAUUACACUACUUAUUGGAUAGUCUCAAAAAGACAACACCCCCAGUUGUCAUUUUUAGUGAGCAUUAGAAUGAUGUUGAUGACAUCAACGAAUAUCUCUUGAUCAAAGGAGUUGAAGUAGUUGGAUUACAUGGAGGAAAACAAUAGGAGGAUAGAACUAAAGCAUUAAAACAAUUUUUGAAUGGAUAAAAAGAUGUCUUGGUGGCAACUGAUGUGGCUGCUAAAGGUCUAGAUUUUCCAGACAUUAAACAUGUUAUUAAUUAUGAUAUGCCAAAAGAUGUACAAUAUCAUUCUCAUUUAGAUUGAAUCAUAUAUUCAUAGAAUUGGAAGAACUGGAAGAUAAGGCAAGACUGGUAGAGCAACAACCUUUGUUAAUAGAUAAUAAGAGGAGUCUAUUCUAUUGGAUUUAAAAUACCUACUUGUUGAAUCCAAAUAAAGUAUUUCCGUUUAUUAUAUUUUAGAAAUACCUUAAUUCUUAGAGAAAUUGAAAUCAGAUGAAGAUUUGAAUGGUUCAUGUGGCUAUUGUGAUGGUAUGGGUCAUAGAAUGGCCAAUUGUCCAAAACUUGAAAAGUAGAAGAUGAGAGUAUCCCUUUGUAUUCUAUUUUAUUUAGAUUUUAACUAAUCCAAACAAAGAAAGUUGCCCAGAUUUUCUAAAAAGUCAAAUCUAUAGAGAGAGUCAAAGUGCAGAGAGAGAAAUGUAAAUGGGAUGA